AUGGAGAACUGCCACGCCGGCAUCGUCGCUGCUCUCGGUACCGAGCGAGAGGAUCCUGACAGCCAGGAGGCAGGCGACGUCGCCUACGACCACAAGGAGGCCAUAUGUUUGGAUCUGUCGCGGGCUGCGGGAGUGGCGGCGGUGCCGCUACGCGGAGCGGGCACGCCCACGGCCAGCAGUAGCGAUUGGAGAAACGAAACAGUGCGGGAAACGGUGACCCAAGCAGGAGGCACCCGCAUGGACACCAGCAGCAACAACAACGACGUCGGAGCGGUGCCGACCACGCGCGACAACAUCAUGGACAUGAGCGUGAGAGGGCAGGAAGACAUCAAACGUUUCUCCGCUGCGGUAGCCGCCACCGCCGCCGACAGCACGACUCUUGCCCCUUCGAGCGCGGGGCUGCUGCCGCGCAGAAAGGCCCCGAUUACGCCGGCGGUUCGAUACCUGAUGGAGGCGAUGUGCGUCGACCUGGUCGCCUGCGGGGAGUGCUUCGUGCCUCACUUUCGGGCAAGACACACCCUGGUUCGCUUCUGCGGUUUCAUCCCUCCCGAAGUGCGGGAGGGUCUCGACAAGCAGACGAGGCGGUUUAUGGGAGGCGAGGACGUGUGUGACGCUGUUGACGGCAACGUGACCGGCGGCGAGGCGUACGGCAGGGGCAUCGGCCUCCCGGGCAUCGCUUGGGCGACGGCGAGGGCAACCUUGGUGGAGCUGUCGACGCUUACGUCCGAUGCUUCGUUCGACUGCGGUGGGGUCAGGCUCGCUCAAGCCGGCAAGAUCUUCCAAACCGCCCUGGCGAUCCCGAUCUACUUCGCGACUAACCCCACCAACACCGGCAGCACCCUUUGGGGGCAGCAGCAGCAGCUAAUGGGGGUCGUGGUCAUCUACUUCCGCGGCCCGAAAAAUGCCUCCUCGGCGUCCGCUCUGGUACGCUACGCCUCUGCCGUCGCCAAGUCGGCCGGGCCGAUAUCGGAGCUGAUGGUCCACCGAGCGCGGUUUGUCGUCGGCCGCAGCCACAGGAUCAAGAGGAACUGGAGGGUCUUGAUUAUUGGGCUUCGGUUCGCCAUGCUCAUGCUCGUCAGAUACCGCCAGCGCACGGGUAAAGCGGCCACGCCAUUGACAAAGAGCGUCGACGACGCGGCGAGCCAGAGCCUGGGGGGAGGCUACGAUGGAACAGCGACAACAUCAACACCGAGGUUCAGCUUCACGAGGGGCACAACAAGGCCAUCGGCGGGGGAAAUGUCAGCAUCCCGACGCACCCAUCGAGUCGAAACGUCUGAGCGCGCUGUGAUGGUCGUGGGCCAGGUGCAGGACCGUACCAAGCAGACGAUACUUCCUUCCAAGGAGGAGCUGACGAAGGCGUGGGUUCAUCAGUACCUGGCCAAGGCGAAAGGAGGACCGGUCAACCUGCCCGCGCGAGCUAGCCCUCGUGACGGGUUCUUCACGUGGUUCGGCACCUUCGCGGCAAUUGGGUCCCUCCAGCUCAUCUACGACCGUAUCAACCAGUCAUCACUCUGGGAAACGCAGAUGGUGGUGGUGAGCAUAUUCGAAGAGGGACAGGCGGUGUGGCUGCAAAAAUCCGUUUCUGUAGCCUCGGUGAUCCUCGGCAUGUCCCUCACCGGGAGCGUGCAUCCUCCUGCGGGCGCGCUUUGCCUGGUUCUCUUGAGCGCGUACAACGAUGGAGCCACGUGGGAGAGGAUGCUGCUGCUGGUGGUGUCGGUGGCCAUGGGACUAGGGAUGCACCUGCUGGUCGGGAUCUGCAUCAACAACAUCUCGCCCAGACGGGGAUAUCCUGCCUUUUGGUGAAAACUGAGGGAGUUGUUUUUUUUUGCAGCGUCAAGACCAACUCCUCUCUCUCCUGAACCUGGCGGAAAUUGAAACCAACUCUCUCUCCCCCUAAUUUUUUUAUUCUUGGCAACCCGUAGCAUACAUCCAUCUGUCUGUAUGUAUGUAUAGUAUGUAUGUAUGUAUGUAUGUAUGUCCUUGACUGACUGUUUGUUCUUAGUGUGCAUAGACAGAUGCAUGCAUGCAUGACAUCCAGACAUCCCCCUUCAGGGGCGGGCGUAUAACGUGUUCACUAUGGAGUAUGCACUACGAUACCUUUUGAAUCGUGGUGGUAGUACUGCAGUCUAGAGAGAUCGUCUAGAUAGUACAGAUAGACAGUACCAAUCAAAGUUGUUGCAGUCAUUACGGGAAAAUGCCAUCAAUUUUUCUACUCCUGGCUCUCCUGGGACGUACAUACGAUACGUACGCACAAGCAUAAGUUUUUUAUUUGGUCGCCCACCUGGCGUUUUUUCUCAGUAGUAGUAUAGUAGGUCUAGCGUGCUUUUUGUUUGUUUGUGUUGGUUUAUUAAGAGUUUGUGGAGCGGCAGAUCCUUCGGAUACAAGCAGCAUGUUUUUUUUUUUUUCUUCUCAUCAUUGAACUUUCUUUGUCGUCUGCCCCUCUGGCGCCCAUCCUCCACUUCUACUACCUAGACACCCAACCAGGGUCACAUAGGAGGGGGGAGUUGGACCCCCUCCUGCGGUUCCUGCCUGAGAUAUUUUGAUCGCUGUAUGCAUGUGUGUGAUGAUGAUUAGUGAUGGUGGUGUGGAGAGUGAUCGGUGUGUGUGUUUGCGUGGAUCAGAAACGGUUCGUAGCCUAUUUAUAGUUGUAUUUUCGACGGGCGAUUUGUUUUCGACUGGCGAUUAUUGUGAGCCCGGCGGCGGAAAGCGCAGCGAUCGCAAGGAAGGGCGGGGCGAGUGGGGUCAAUGAGUGGGGGAGAGUGACUCGCCCAUCCAUGGGGUUGGGGAUGGCCUUUUUCUCUCCGGCGCGAUGUAUGUAUGUAUGUCUGUAUGCGCGCAAGUUAUAUAUAUAUAUAUAUAUGUGUUUGUGUCAUUUCUUACAGUAAGUACUUGAUAUCAUCGCUAACAACCCCCUCCCGCUGAUUGUCUCGUUGCCCCAGAAGAUGAGGAGACAACAGACAAUUUAAAUGGUGUCGUCAAGCAUUUUUCUUUUCGGCCUGCGUCAUCAGUAAAAUGAUAUAAAAAAUACAAUAAUCUGUUUUUUU